AUGUCAGAAAAACCUUUACCAUUCAUCUACCAAUUCAUCUCUGGAGCCGUCGCCGGUGUAUCAGAGAUCUUGGUGAUGUAUCCUUUGGAUGUCGUUAAAACCAGACAACAAUUGGAUUCCACCAACGCCUAUAAAGGAACCAUCCAGAGUAUCAAGAAGAUUGUUGCUGAAGAAGGAUUCUCCAGGUUGUACAAAGGGAUCAGUGCGCCCAUUUUGAUGGAGGCUCCUAAGAGAGCCACCAAGUUUGCUGCUAACGACGAAUGGGGGAAAUUUUAUAAAAGGGUGUUUGAUGUACCUGUUAUGAACCAGUCUUUGGCGGUGUUGACGGGUGCCACUGCUGGAGCCACCGAGUCGUUUGUGGUGGUUCCAUUUGAGUUGAUCAAAAUCAGAUUACAGGACAAAACCACCAAGUUCAAUGGAAUGGCCGAUGUCACCAAAGAUAUCAUCAAGAACCAUGGGGUGUUGGGAUUGUACAAGGGAUUGGAAUCGACAUUGUGGAGACAUAUCUGGUGGAACGCCGGGUACUUUGGGUUGAUUUUCCAGGUAAGAGGCUUAAUGCCCAAGCCAAAGACUAGUACAGAAAAGACUUUGAUUGACUUGACCUGUGGUUCGAUCGGGGGUACUUUUGGUACCAUCAUGAACACUCCGUUCGACGUGGUCAAGUCCAGAAUCCAGGCCGGAACCACCACCAAGUAUGUAUGGACUUAUCCUUCAUUGGUAACUGUUGCGAAAGAAGAAGGGUUUGGUGCGUUAUACAAGGGGUUCAUUCCAAAGGUAUUGAGAUUGGGUCCUGGUGGUGGAAUUUUGUUGGUGGUGUUUACCACCUGUAUGGAUUUCUUCAGAGGAAUUCACUAUAAAGAGUAG